AUGGUAGCCAGGCGUGGAAUCAAAAUCGAGCAGGCUAAAGAUGAUGACUCAGACUCGAAAGUUGUGGUUGUGUUGUCGGACGGCCAGUCCUCUAAUUGUAGAGGUGGAAAAGAGAAUGAUCCAUAUUACUCAAACCCCCAUCCGUGGGAAUACGAUAUAGCCAAGGAGUGGAGAGAAGCCGGAGUCAAGAUCAUAUACGUCCAAGUUGGUGAAGCCCUCGAAGAGGAUGUACAAAAUGUUAAAACAAUUGUUGGUGAUCAAAGUGACAAUAUUCUUACUGUGCAUGACUACAGCAAGCUGGACAAGACCGUUAUCAGUGAUGUGGUGAAGAGAAUGUGUAGUCAUAAAAAACAAUAA